GUGAUUCAACUCGUUCCUUCAAUACUCCUCCGGAGCUGUGCUCGCCAACCUCUUAUUUUGGGCCGCCUAUACUCGGAAAUUUUCAUGUCGAAUGGAUCUUUUUCCUUUUGUAGGGAUUUUUGGUUCUUGAGAGAUUUUGGGUUCAGUAAAUGUGUCUCGAGCAAACGGAACAGUCACUUGACCAUGCCUAUGACGUAUCGUUCUCUGGCUUGCUGAAGAAAGCAAAUAUUGUGUGGGUGGCUCAUAUGAAACGAGCUCUUAACUUCUUUAUCUAAGGGUGUGUGAAUUAUGCCAAUUUCCAGCCCAGAGCCCCAACACCCAUUAAGCUUGACAAAUCUGUCUUUUUUCUUUCAAUGUUAACCUAGCUUGUUCUUUUCUCUUUCUCGUCUAAUUUCUUUUGCCAGACUUCUUUUGGCUUCGGGAUAAACUCCUUUAUUUCGUUCGUUAUUGCGUAAAGCAAAAUAUCAAACCAUGAGUGAUUCAUCGAUAUCUCCACAACAUUCCGGGGUCGAAGAUGCGGCCAAAGAUGUUGAAGCAACAGAGGCAGAAGAUGUUCCAACUCCAAAUUCCGCAGUGGGACCACCGACAUCAGCUUGUGACAUACUACGUCCGUUAUCUCAAGUGGCAUCGCAGGGUUUAUUUCCACUACCGACUAGUGGGUCACUUGCAUCAUUAGCGAGACAGCAACCCCGGCAAAUUGCAUCAACUGGCACUUCGACAGUGCAUGAGGAGCCUCUCCAAUCGGAUUCGGGAACUAACGCCACGGCAGACUCAUUUGAUUCAGAAAGCAUACGAAAGUUUACAGCGGCUGCAUGGCGACAGCAAUCUUUGCCAGGGCAAAUCAUGCCGAUAGUUCAAGUUUCAUCGUCGAGAAUAUCACCGAGUAAUUCUGAGGAGGCUCCUACGUCACAUUUCUCGCCAUCCCCUUAUGCCUCGAUAUUUCCGGAGGGCACGGAAUCUUCUCCGCUCUUCAUUCAUCAGUGUGAAGAGUAUGAGCCUACGAAUGAAGAUUCAAUUCGAAAGUAUAGUGAAUCCUUACAACUCUUUCGUCGAAACAACGAAGGAGAUGACGCAAAGAUUUGGAAACGACGAGUUCUCGAAUAUCGCUGAUUAACAAUAUCAAUCAGUAAUAACUUGUCUACACUAAUGAUUUACGACAUGAUGCAUAGUGAAUUUUUUCCUUUUCCGUUUUAUUUUUAUUUAUGUCUAGAGAUGUUGGGUGGCAAUUAGUCGUGCAUUUUCAGCAUUUCAUUUCCUUUUUCUUUAUUUUUCGACAUUUUUUUUGAGCUAUACAUAUAUGGUGUGUACUAAUGCACUUAAUGAUAUGACUUAAACUCGAAUCACACCUGUCAAAUUUACGGAGUAUUAAUAUAAGAAAUUAGAAUUGUUGAUCAGAC